AUGGGAAAGUGGAAGAACAUAUCAAUGUUUGGCGAGUUCGAUACUGGCUCCAACCGGAGCUACUAUGGAGAGACAUCUUCGGAUGAUGAUUUGCUAUACCUUGGAGAGACCUUCUCAGACUACACUAACACCCCACCAAGAGAAUGGCAGCCAACUGACAAAGGUAUUCCGACUCGUUGUUUCUGUGGAGGCAAAGUCGUUUUAUGCAUCACAUGCUUGGUGUCUACAACGGCCAGAAAUUCUACAGUUGUGCGGAAGAUAAGAAUGACGAUCAGUGCCACAUUUGGAAACUCUGCGACUAAGCAUUUGUCGAGGAGAUUGACGCUGUGA